GCGGUGAAGUUUGCCCUUUUCUUAUUGGCUGAGAAUGAGCGCCAAGAAUCGAAUAUAAAAGAAUCUCCGGCGUUCAUUCUUCGUUUUCUUUCCUCCAGCUUGACUGCAGAUCUUCAAGCUUAUGCUUUCCAUUUUAUUUAUUUGUAGCUGACUUUGUUUUAGAAGUUGUUAAUUUUUCUAACUUUUAACUUCGACUCAUUUUCUGUUUUACCUAACACUCUAAGCUUUAACAAUGCAGUCAACUCGCUCUCCACUGAAAACUAAGAAUGAAAACAGCAUUUCUGCCAAAAUUAACAACAUGUCCUUGGUGGACAAAGAAAACACGCCGCCCAGUCUGACCUCCUCCAGAAUCCUGGCGUCCAAAACGGCGCGCAAAAUCUUUGAUUCAGAGGAGCAGACAAAAGCUAGGAAAGGAGCUGUGGAGGAGGAGCCCCUUCUGAAGGAGAACCCCCACCGCUUUGUCAUUUUCCCAAUUCAGUACCAUGACAUCUGGCAGAUGUACAAGAAGGCCGAGGCCUCUUUCUGGACUGCAGAGGAGGUUGACCUGUCCAAAGAUCUUCAGCACUGGGACUCCCUGAAAGAUGAGGAAAGAUACUUCAUCUCUCAUGUUUUGGCUUUUUUUGCUGCGAGUGAUGGCAUUGUCAAUGAGAACUUGGUGGAGCGAUUUACUCAGGAAGUCCAAGUAACUGAAGCCCGUUGCUUCUACGGAUUCCAGAUUGCCAUGGAAAACAUCCACUCCGAAAUGUACAGUCUGUUGAUUGACACUUACAUCAAAGAUCCCAAAGAGAGAGAAUUUCUUUUCAAUGCCAUUGAGACGAUGCCUUGCGUAAAGAAGAAGGCCGACUGGGCGCUCAACUGGAUUGGUGACAAAAAUGCACAAUACGGGGAGAGAGUGGUGGCUUUUGCUGCUGUGGAAGGAAUCUUCUUUUCUGGGUCUUUUGCUUCUAUUUUCUGGCUAAAGAAGAGAGGACUCAUGCCGGGACUCACCUUCUCCAAUGAACUUAUCAGCAGAGAUGAGGGUCUUCACUGUGACUUUGCCUGCCUCAUGUUCAAGCACUUGCUCAACAAACCUUCAGAGGCAACAGUAAAGAAAAUCAUCAUGAAUGCAGUUGAAAUUGAACAGGAAUUCCUGACUGAUGCUCUGCCAGUAAAGCUUAUUGGCAUGAAUUGUGACCUGAUGAAGCAAUACAUCGAGUUUGUGGCUGAUAGACUUCUGCUGGAGCUGGGAUUUGACAAGGUCUAUAAAGUGGAAAAUCCUUUUGACUUCAUGGAGAACAUUUCCUUGGAGGGCAAGACCAACUUCUUUGAGAAGCGAGUCGGCGAGUACCAGCGGAUGGGAGUCAUGUCCGGACCCACAGAUAACACUUUCAGACUGGAUGCUGAUUUUUAGAGACUCAGUCGGAGUGCAUGAAUGGACAAGCUAUGAACUGUUUGGGCUCUGAAGAGUUUCUCACUUAUUUCUACAGUUUAAAUGAUUUUUUUUUCUUUUAUUUCCUUUAACUUUCCUUUGUUUUAAUAAUCUAGUAUUAAAAUGUCUUUUUAUUUUUGUUGUUUUAAAUAAUAAUAAAAAGAAACUCACUGCUGCUUUUUUGCUUUGCUUUGCCUUUUGGGCAAGGUAAAGACCAGAAAUAGUUUAACAACUCCAUUUUCUCAUUUUUAUUGUAAUGUGCAUCUGUUUACUGCAAAUAGUGUUUUUAUUUUAAAUAAAGUAGACUUGAAUGAUUGGUGCUGAAGUUCGGUUGUUACCUGUCACUUGGUAAAGGGGUGAUUUAUGGUCAUUUGUAAGACUCGAGUCAUUUUCAACUGUUCCAUUGAACAUGAGUAAUAUUACCAUAUAGGCAUAUUGUAGAUCAACUUCCAGGAAAAGAAGUGUAACAUUUGGCUUUUUUUGCCUUUGUCUACACAGGCUUAAUAAAUUAUUUUUCAGCUGCUGUGAAGAUUUAUAGCAUCUGCCCAAACUGGAGCAGGCUUACUGACGUCGACUGCAUUCUUUCAAAAUGUCUCUUGGUUUUCACGUUCAAUAAAAGUUGACUUGAGGCUGA